GUGUACAAGGCAAGUUCACUUCCUACUAUUCAAUCCUCAAGGUCACUACUGCUUCUUAUCUACUCUAAUUUUAUACAUUAAAAAAACGGAGGGCAGAGAUUGAAUUAAGCGGAGCAGAAGAGUGAGGAUUAAAGGAAAAAGGACGAAAAGCAGGGAGCAGAGAUUGAAGUAAAACAGAGCAAAAGACAGAACAGAGCAGAAGAGGGCUGAGCAGACAUGCAGGGAAUCAGCAUCAAGACCAAAUGGGUCGCCACAGUAGCUAGCAUAUGGAUCCAGUGCAGCAGUGGCUCUCUCUACACCUUCGCCAUCUUCUCUUCCCUCCUCAAAUCCUCCCAAUCCUACGACCAGUCUACCCUCGACACCAUAGCCGUCGUCAAGGACUUAGGCGCCAACUUCGGCCUCCUCUCCGGCCUCCUCUGCUCUUCCUUCUCCUCCCUCGGCCCUUCUCUGGCUCUCGCCGCCGGCGCCGUCCAGAGCUUCGCGGGUUACUUCCUGAUGUGGCUGGCCGUCACCGGCGUCCUCCCGCGCCCCCCCUUGCCGGUUAUGUGCUUGUUCAUGCUGCUGGCGGCUCACGCUCAGACCUUCUUUAACACCGCGGAUGUUGUCGUCGCCGUUAACAACUUCCCUGAUUAUAGCGGAACUGCUGUCGGCAUCAUGAAGGGUUUUGUUGGUUUGAGUGGAGCAAUAUUAAUUCAAGUGUAUAAGACAGUGUUCAAGAACAAACCUGCCUCGUAUCUUCUGAUGCUGGCACUGCUACCAACUAUCAACCCUUUGUUGCUCAUGUUUUUUGUAAGAAUCUAUAACACAAAGGAAGGAGAUGAGAAGAAACACUUGAACGCUUUUUCGCUGGUUGCUUUGAUUAUUGCUGCUUAUCUUAUGGUGAUAAUAAUCUUGGAGAACAUCCUUUGUUUUCCAGUUUCUGCAUGGGUCUUUACAACUGCUGUACUCAUAAUAUUCCUUGGUUCACCUCUUUAUAUUGCAAUUCAAGCCCAAAAGAUGGCCUCAUAUGGAAUAUCACAGACUUUAAUUAGUGAGGGGGAUCAAACAAUGGAGGAUCCAGGUCAGUUGGAUGCUCUGAAGAUGUAUUCAAAAGAAGCUCCUGUUGUGUAUCGGUGGGUUCCUGGUGAGACUGAUCAAGAUACCCAGACAAAUGCUAAGAAGACUUUGCAAUCAGGGGAAAAUCUUAAUCUAUUGCAAGCCAUGUGCACCCUUAACUUCUGGUUUUUGUUUCUCGCCAUGGCAUGUGGCUCAGGCUCUGGACUUGCAACAGUGAAUAACAUCAGCCAAAUAGGAGGAUCUCUUGGUUACACUACUUCCGAGACUAGUACACUGGUUUCAUUGUGGAGCAUUUGGAAUUUUCUUGGUCGUUUUGGAGCUGGAUUUGUAUCAGAUUAUUUCCUGCACACCAAAGGAUGGGCAAGGCCCUUGUUCAUGGUCAUUACUCUUGCAAGCAUGAGUAUUGGCCAUGCCGUCAUUGCUUCUGGUUUGCCUGGCGCUUUAUAUGUUGGUUCAGUAUUGGUGGGUGUUUGUCAUGGUUCACAAUGGUCACUAAUGCCUACAAUCACUUCUGAAAUUUUUGGGAUUCAGCAUAUGGGCACCAUUUUCAACACUAUUACCAUGGCAAGUCCUGUUGGUUCUUACAUACUCUCAGUAAGGGUCAUAGGAUAUAUUUAUGACAGGGAGGCUUUGACAGAAGGGAACACAUGCACUGGAAUCCACUGCUUCUUGUUGUCAUUUCUAAUUAUGGCAUUAGCUACUCUUUUGGGGUCUAUUGCUGCUUUGGGACUGUUCUUCCGAACAAGAAGUUUCUACAACUCGGUUGUACUCAGAAGACUACGACAUACUGUGGGGGAGUAAAAUAGUUGGUUUAUUAUUGCAGAAGUAGCUGAUGUUGUGUUUGCUUGUAAUUCAUGAGUGUACCCAUCAUGUACAGUUUUUCAUAUAUUUUUUCUUAAUAUAUGGUUCCUUGCUCAGCCA